AUGGUAUUUGCUACUAAAGCCUUUAGAAGUUGCAGAUCAUUGCCAUUGAGGCUUCAUUCAAGAUCCUCCUUAAAAUGCAACACCAGACUUUAUUCUUCAGCACCCACUAACUCCGGAGCUCUGUCGGUUAUUAAAUAUGUGGCCGGUACUUUACUUUUUGGGAGUGGUAUUUCCAUGGGAAUCUACUGGAAUAAGGUGAACAGUUCCAAGGAGACGUUGCAGGAUGAUAACUCAACAAGUGUUCUCGAGAGUGUUACUCCAGCCCAAUAUGCCACUGAAGCAGAAUUCAAGAAAGCUAUCGAGGAAAUCACCAAAAUUGUUGGAAAGGUUAACAUUAGUUCUGAUAAUGAUGUUAUCCUUGCCCAUAGUGAUUCGUUCUUCAGUACUCAUCAUCCUCCAAAUCCGAGCCAACAGAAACCGCAAGUCGUGAUUUACCCUAGUUCCACGGAGGAAGUAGCGGAAAUUGUGAAGGUUGUGCACAAGUAUCGUGUUCCUAUCGUGGCAAGCUCCGGAUUGACGUCAUUGGAAGGCCACACUAUGCAUACUAGAGGCCCCAUUAGUGUUUCGUUGUCGUUUGAGCGUAUGGAUAAAGUUCUUGCAGUUCACCCUAUUGAUCUUGAUGCCGUAGUUCAGCCUGGUGUAGGAUGGCAAGAGUUGGACGAAUACUUACUUAGUGAUAGUUCCACUGAGCAUCUUAUGCUCGGGCCUGAUCCUGGUAUUGGGGCAAGAAUUGGUGGUAUGGUUGGUAGUAGUUGUUCUGGUACAAAUGCUUACAAGUAUGGUACCAUGAAAGAAAAUGUUGUUAACUUAACUGUUGUGUUGGCGGAUGGGACUAUUAUUAAGACUAAGCAAAGACCUAGAAAGUCUAGUGCUGGUUAUGAUAUGACAAGAUUAUUUAUUGGUUCUGAAGGUACUUUGGGAAUUAUUACAGAAAUUACGGUCAAAUUACAUGUACGUGCUAAGCUAGAAUUGGUGAGUGUAGCCACUUUUCCCACUAUAGCAGAUGCUGCAAGUACUGCUCAGGCUAUUAUCAAAAGUGGUCUUCAAAUGAAUGCCAUUGAGCUUUUGAACUCUACCAUGGUUUCGUUUGUUAACAAGUACGGUGGUGUUACUGACGAGAAUGACGAACCCAAACAAUUUCUUGAGAAACCAACUUUGCUUUUCAAGGUCGGUGGCCCAUCGAAAACGGCAAUUGAUGAGCAACUCGAAUUAAUUGAAACUAUUAGUAAAGAAAACCACUUGGUAAAGCUCGAAAGUUCUCACAACGAAGAAGAGAAUGCCGUUUUAUGGUCUUCCCGUAGAAGUGGUUUAUGGUCGACCGUGCAAUAUGGAUCUGAGAUCCUCGAAGAUAAGAACGAUGUCCAGAUCUGGACCACCGAUUUUGCUGUACCUAUUUCCCAUUUAGCAAAUGUUAUUGCCGAAACAAAUGAUGAUUUGAAUAACCUGGGAUUUCAAGAUAAAUUCUCUGUUUUGGGCCAUGUGGGAGAUGGUAAUUGCCAUUUCCUAAUUGUAUAUAAUUCUAAAGACUAUAAUAGAGUUAGUGAAGCAGUCGACAGAAUGGUUUUCCGUGCAUUGAAGUAUGAAGGUACCUGUACCGGAGAGCAUGGAGUUGGUGUUGGUAAGAGAAAAUACUUAAACACUGAACUUGGUUCUACCACUGUGGAUUUAAUGAGACAUAUUAAGUUACUGAUGGACCCUAGAAGAAUCUUGAACCCAGACAAAAUAUUCAAACUUGAUUCCACUGAUACUUUAGACGAACAAUUAGAACACGGAGAUAUCAAAGCAGUUGGUGCUCCUUGUUGUAGCUCAUAG